AUGAACACAACAAAGGUAAAUAAAAAUAAAUCUCACCCUCAACCCAGCAAAAUUGAAACCGAAAAAGUACGUACCAAGAAAGCAAAACGUAAACGCAAACAUAGUUUCAAAAGGUGUCGUAAAGAAACCAAAAAUAAUCAAUUUUCCAUCGCAAUGUCUACUUGGGCUCAAAAUUUCACAAUGGCAUCAAACUGGCAAAUGAAACAUGAACUUGCCUUUUGGAAAGCCAGAGCAAAAACGCUAGAGUACGAAAAUAGAUUAUUACAUGAUGUUAUUAAAAAGAAUUACCUAAAAACAUCGGAAGUUUCAAUAGAAAGUGAUGAUCAGAAAAAUGAUGAGAGUGAAACUCAACAGGACCAAUCACAACAAAAUAACAUAAAUGGUGCAGAAUGUUAUGAGGACAUUGUUGAAGAUGAUGACGAUGAUUCUAUGGAGGAUGAGAAUGAUGAUUUUGUAGUCAGUGAAGAGUUUAUUGAGUUUGUAAGAGCAAAUGCUAAGUUUAAAGAGGAUGCUAGGCAAGAACGCGAAAGGUUAAGGACACAACAAGAUACAACUGAAGAACAAGUAGAAGAAGAUAAUGUUAUGACUGAAGACAAAUUAAAAGAGCUUUAUGGGGAGAAAUGGCAAAAAAUAUGUGCAUUAGAGAUGUCUCUAUUAACGGACUUUAUAAAUAAGCGAGAUAAGGCUACAUAUUGGCCCAACAUACCUUUUAAUUUUAGCUAA